AUGUCCAAUCAGUAUCGGCAGGACAGCAAUCCCCGGUAUGUGUCCAAGUAUCGGUCCUAUGCGAAGAAUAUGCACUGCAAAAGUAUCGUACUCGUAUAGAUGCAUUACAAAUUUCCUCAGCAUGAGAAAUAAAAUUUGUAAUGCUAAUCUGCCUUGAGAACAAGGUUUGUAAUGCAAGACUUGCAUUAGCAUUUAUACGAGUGCGAUACUUUUGCACAGGAUAAAGAACUGGGUGCUCGCGGAAUUGGGCGAAAGCUGCGAGCUAUCAAAUGCAAAUAUGUCUGUGGGUCUGGAAGGAUACAACUUGUGAUGCUACUCUUGGAAUCUACAUAAAAUCUGUAUUGCAUGGACAGCAAAACAAGAGGUCGAGGUGUAGUAAUUUUCGGUACGCGGAGAGGGCGAGGGCGUUUCUCAUGCGGUAUGAGCAUCAGAAAGCCCUCGAAAAAUCUCUGAUGCUCGGGCAUGCAUCACAGACCUCAUGGGUAAUGCAAAAUCUGCAUGACAAACUCCUGCUCCUGCAUUCUUUCAGACCCAGAUAGUUUUGCAAUCCAUACGAGCUCACCUGCGCGAAGAGCGGAAAUCGGGUGUGCAACGCGAAGGAGCUUCUGAAGCUGACGUCGGUGGAGAAAGUCGACCUGGCCCUGGCUGAGGCUCUCGGCGAGAAGAUCGAGGUCGGGAGUAUGAACUGCAGAAGUAUCGUACUCGUAUAAAUGCAUUACAAAUUUCUUCAGCGUGAGAAAUAAAAUUUGUAAUGCUGAUUAAGGUUAAGAAAAAGAUUUGUAAUUAUGCAUGAGUGCAAUACGAGCACGAUACUUUUGCACAGGAUAGGGAGCGAUGGAAGCUUAUCGCACGGCCUGCAAACCGGGUGCGCCGUAUCAAAUGCAAAAGUGUCUGGGUCUGGCAGAGUGCAAACUUGUCAUGCAGCUUUUCCAUGACCCGCGAGGUCUGGAAUGCGGGACCUAGCAUCACAGACUCUGUGGGAUCUCUACCAUGCCCAUCCUGCAUGAGAAAUCCCCUCCCAACUCGGUCGAAAGUGGACAGCUUUUGGCACUCAUGCAACACAGAUUUUUUGCAUCAUUCAGAUUUAGCAUGACAAGUGGCAACCUCCCAGGCCCAGACAUGUUUGCAGUGCGUACGCCACCGCGGCGAACAAUCCCGAUCGAGGGUCGAACAACCACUCAAGCGCGCGCAACUACCCCGGCGUGCCGGCACUUUCUUGGCCCGGGACGUGCUCGUACUACACUUCGGCCGCCAAUAAUGUGAUCGGGAGACAUACGCAAUGUAAAUUUCCUGUACAUGAUGUACAAAAUGCAUGACAAAUUUCGCUACCUUGCAGAGUCCAACUUGUCAUGCUGGACUAGGAUUGAAGGCAAGUUUUGUCAUGCAGAGACUGCAUUUGUACGGGAGAUUUACUGGUGAUAAGACACAUCCGCACGGACGGCACGGUCCCCCUGGCAACCGAAAACGUGGAAUAUGCAUUGCAACAGUAACGUUAACGUACUAGUAUAAAUUGCAUUACAAAUAAUUUUUUGCAAGAACAAAAGUGGGAUUUGUAAUGCUGUUUUACCUUAGGAGGAAGAUUUGUCAUGCCUAUCUGCAAUUACUACGAGUACGAGUACGUUAGUACUUUUGCACAGCAUAUGGAAGUCACCGUCACAACCUGCGAUAUUGCGGGCGCGGGCGAUGGAGGUGUGGCCUCCCUGAAAGUGAAGCUGUUCGAGCGCACAGCUACCGGGAGCGGAACCGCCACCGAGCACAUCCUGUCUUUUUCGCUCGUGAAUGACAAUGCGGCUUACACCCAAACGGCCACGGGCCUGGCCGGCUCGAUCUCUCGCGUCACUGUUUACGUGGUCACGACGUCAGUGAGCGACUUGUCCACCUGGGGAGUGUGCAUCGAGAAGAUUCACAUCGACACACUGGGGCCCAUCAACUUCGGAAGCCGCUUCUGGUUCAAAGGAGCGGUCCGAAAUGAAUUUGACGGCGUGCCGGAGUUGAUGGUCACCGGGGGGACUGGCCCGGCCAACUGGCCCGCGGAGUACAAGCAGGCGUUCAUUUAUGUGAAUCCCAACUACGAUCACGGCAUGGUGUGCUCCGCGAAACCUGCCUACCCAAAGCACGACCUAUGCAAGAAAAAAACUGUGUAAGAAGUCGUGUAAGUCUGUGAUGCAGAAAAUGCAGAACAGUUACACUUGUCAUGCCAGACAACCACGAAGUCCUCUUUCCCUCUGUGUUAUCCCUUACAAGAAUAUGCAUGACAGGUUUUCUCUGUCAUGGGGAGUAAAUUUGUGAUGCUGUCAGCCAAAGGAAGCUACACUAGUAGCUCAGUUUUAUUUUUCUUUCAUACGACCGGCCCAUCUGCUACUGUGACCACUAUGAGAUUUUGGCCAACGCGGGGGAGGUAUCCAGGAAAAAACACCCAUCCCCAUCCAUCUUUUGCAUGACAAACACUGCUUUUGACGCAUGUUUUGCAUGACAAAUUGGAUGGGGAUGGGUGUUUUUUUCUGGAUAGGAGGAGGUAAAAGUGGGCGACGCGUUAUCCAAAGAAAAAAGUUUUACAGUUACACACUAACUAUUUGUAGUAACUUCAGCACGACAAACUUGUUGCUCUUCAGCUUCAUUUCAGACAAAAGUUGCAAUGCAGAAAUUAUAAGGGAAAGCAUGUACAACUAUGAGUAUGAAACGAUUCUCGCAAGAAGCGUUUCCGGCAUGACAGAGGUUGCCUGCUGUCUUGCUAGUUUUACAUCACAGUGCAUAACUGUAACCUUUUUUGCUCUCCAUGCGCGUUGGUUUCCCGCGGUUGGCCCGCGUUUCCUCAGUGGCAGAUGGUCACUGCCGGCACGUAUCAACUGCAACCAUGUCAUCUGGAUCUGGAACUUCGUGAUGCUAAAGUGUGCAUGAUGAAAAGCAAAAGACUUCCUUAUGCUGCUGGAACGCAUGACAAAUUUGCAGAACGCUUUCUCAUGAUACGAACUCCGCAUGGGAAGCUGCGUUUUUGUAUGACGUGACGAGAGGCUGCCACUUCUGUUGGUCACACACGCAAUACAGAUUUCACAGGAAAAAUGUAAGACCAGCAUUACAAGUUCCAAUUUUCCAGACCCAGACAUUUUUGCAUGUGAUAGCACAUAUCAGACAGACGCAGAGGCGGGGACCUUAUGAACUGCAAAAGUAUCCUCGUACUAGUAUAAAUUGCAUUAGAAAUUUCCGCAGCGCGAGAAAUAAAAUGUGUAAUGCGGACUUGCCUUAAGAAAAAGAUUUGCAAUGCAAGACUUGCAUUUAUACGAGUAGAAGUGCGAUACUUUUGCACACGAUAGACCUACAGCGAGUACCUCACCGUGUUGAACGCGGCUAACCAAGUAUCCUGAGUAAAAACGUACCCACCCCAUAGUCAAGUUGUUAUUUUGGUAAAUCUGCAACACAAAUCUCCAUGUUUUGGGAGUUGUGCAUGGCAAGUCCAAGUUUCCAUCUGUAGUGUAGUGCUGUUUAGGAAGGACAGCUUCAGCUGCAUCACAGAGACGCCUGCUCAUCCUGUUUACAUCAGCAUUACAAAUCCCAUAACACGACUAAGUACGAAUUCCCCUCUUGCGGAUGUACAUUAGUUACAGAUUUUUCUGUAUGCAAAUCUGCAUGGCAGGACGCUUUUAAAUAGGAUACCAAAUAAAGGUUAUAAAUGCGGGACCACAGGUUGUAUCAAAUGCAAAAAUGUCUGGGUCUGGAAGAUUCUGAAACUUGUCAUGCACGUUUUGCAUGGGCCAGCACUAUGUCGGUGAUGCAUGCCCUAGCAUCACAGACUUUUUGAGGGCUUCGCCGCGAUACCUUUUCCGCAUGACAAAUGCCCUCGCCGCGUAGCCAAAAUUGCAUCCCCUUUUUUGCUGGUCAUGCAAUACAAAUUUUUUCAGAAUCCAGAGACAGCAUCACAAGUUUAGAAUGUUCCAGACCCAGACAUUUUUUCAUUUGAUACGUUGCUAGCAGCAUGUACGGCGUUCUCAAACGUUACAUUCUGAACUGCUACGUGAACAAUUUGUAAUGCAAGAAUGGCAAAAGUGCAAGGCGGAACCGGAAGAUUGCGCCUUUUGCAUUACAAGUUUUGCCGCGCAGAUUAUCAUGCUAUCUAGUGCUUCGUGGACUUGUCAUGCGAAGCAGCUUGAUCAUGUAGAUAUGUAUUGCAAUUGUGCAGCAUGAUGACAAACUCAUGUAACAGUUGAGAGUGUAGUAACGUUUGAAAACGCCAUAGCAUGGGCGUUGCGUCCUUUUGGAUCAAACCCUUUUCCAGUGGAAAGACGAAAGUUACCAGCUACCAUCGGUUAUCAAGCGAAAAUUUGUCUGGGUCUAUGCAUGUUUGUCAUGCUUGUCUGGCAUGACUCUUAAAUCUGUCAUGCACGUUAGAAGUACUCAAGAGGAAGAGCUCCGCUUUUCUGUCGUGCAGAAACUACGGAGCUUGUCAUGCAGAAUAGGCAACACAACCUAGAAGCUCAGAAACUUGCCAUGCUGAGCCAGCACUUGUGGCCUCCUGCUCAUGAUACGCCACCCAGCAUCACAAGUUUCCAGACAACAUCCAGGGACAUUUGCAAUGCAUAUCGCUCACUCAAUUACGACGCGGACGAAGAAGAAAUCCCAGCCGUUAUCCUGAGGAAGAACGUCCCCACACCAGAGUCAAGAUGGGAAAUCUGCUAGACAAAUCAACCACUUUUCAUUGCUUCGCAUGACAAGUUUGCCCUCAUAGUGUGAUCCUUUUUCGCUAGUUCAGCAGCGUCACUGAUCUAGCGCAUCAUGCUGAUUCUAGCAUCACAAAGUCCAAAACACGACUAGAAAACGCUUCUCAUGGGGGUCCGCGUGAGAAACUUUUUUGGUAUGCAGAUUUGCAUCACAACUCUGGGGUGGCGACGUUUUUACUCAGCAUAGCCGUGUCGUCCGACACUGCUUGGCAAGAUGUGCUCUGUGCCGUUCACAUGAAAGUGCGCAUGGAGUAUCCGUCGCAAACUUAUUGCAAGGAAAAAUCCCCCCUCCCCAUCAUAUUGAAAACAUGUCCUUCUCCUUCCAAAAAUUUGUGAUGCAGAUUUGUGGCCACAAAUCCUGUCUGUCUUCCCAGAAGGCAAAUCCAGAGAGUCCGCCACGAUAUGCAGGCGGUUUGUAAUGCUGCAAGGCCUACAGGGCAUACGUCUGCCAUGCCAGGCCCCUACACCAAAAGGCCCCCCCCUUAGGCUUGCAAUCUGCGUGCAGUGCUCUCCUGCAAGACAAAUGUGCCCGCGUCACAGAUUUCAGCUUUGAUAUGCUGGGGAGGGUGGAUUUUCAUUUUGAUAAAACUGGUAUCACGGUGGGGGACACGGCCGAGUGUGCGGCAAUAUCCUGCGCAAAAAGUUUGUACUUACUCGUCGUCAUCCACAUUACAAAUGUGCGUUGCUCGCCCUGAGCAAAUUAUUUGUCAUGCGAUUUGUACAACUAGUAGGUGCGAUAGUUUUGCGAAGUGCAUAAGUUUUGGGGAGCUGCAACUCGGCGUCCGGGGAUGACUCUCUUUUCUACUGGUUCUCGGGGAGAACAGAAGGACCGAAGGAGCGUGCGGUAGAUGCAAGCUUUGCAGCGCACACUGGGAGUGGAGGGGGGGCAACUUGGAGCACCUGGCUCCCUCUGACCAAGUAUGAGCACCGUUUUGUGACCUCGGACAUCGUUUUGCUGAACCUGGGAGUGCGCGAAGACGGGCUCCAAAUCGCGGCACUGAAACUCGAGUGCAGCCAAGGCAGCGCAGCCUGGGUGAAGGUGAGCGCUUGGCGCUGA